AUGUUGAAUGAGAUUCUUUUAAAAGAUGAUGGAAUACUGAAACUAUCGCGGUCUACUGCAGCUUCAAAAAAAAUCGCUGAGAUCGAGCAGGAAAUGGCUCGAACUCAGAAAAACAAAGCGACUAAUUUCCAUUUAGGAUUGCUCAAAGCAAAAUUAGCAAAAUUGAAAGCGCAACUGAUCGAUGGCGGAUCAAAAGGCGGCGGCGGAGGACCGGGAGAUGGAUUUGAUGUCAGCAAGACAGGAGAUGCCAGAGUUGGUCUGAUCGGUUUCCCGUCUGUGGGAAAAUCAACUUUGUUAACAAAGUUAACUGGAACAUUCUCAGAAGUUGCUGCAUACGAGUUUACAACAUUGACGUGCGUUCCAGGGGUUUUUCGCUACAAGGGAGCUAAAAUUCAAUUGUUAGAUCUUCCUGGAAUUAUUGAAGGUGCUAAAGAUGGAAAAGGUCGCGGUAAACAAGUUAUAGCAGUUGCUCGAACUUGUGGUUUGAUUCUGAUUGUCUUGGAUUGUAUGAAGCCACUCACUCAUAAACGAAUUAUUGAAAAAGAGCUUGAAGGCUUUGGAAUUAGAUUGAAUAAAUCACCCCCAAAUAUAAUUUUCAAAAAAAGGGAAAAAGGAGGAAUUUCGAUAACCAAUACAACUCCAUUGAAACGAAUUGAUGAAGAGACGAUCAAAUCAAUCUGUCAUGAAUAUAGAAUUCCAAAUGCAACAUUUUCAAUUCGUUGUGAUGCAACUGCUGAUGAUAUAAUUGAUGUCAUUGAAGGAAAUCGAAUUUAUGUCCCAGUCCUUUACGUGAUGAACAAAAUCGAUCAGAUAACAAUCGAAGAAUUGGACAUUCUUUCUAAGGUCCCUCAUUAUGUUCCGAUAUCGGCACACCAUGAAUGGAACUUGGAUGGAUUAAUAGAGAAAAUUUGGGAGUAUCUCAAUCUAGCAAGAAUCUACACAAAACCAAGAGGACAAAUUCCUGACUACAAUGCGCCGGUGAUUUUGAGGAAAGACAGGCUCAUGGUGGAGGAUUUCUGUUUAAGAAUUCAUAAACAACUCUUGUCUGAUUUCAAAUAUGCAUUAGUUUGGGGCCAUUCUGUGAAACACGUGCCGCAAAAAGUUGGAAAAGAGCACGAACUCUGUGACGAAGAUGUCGUACAAAUUGUCAAAAAGUAG